CCAAAUCCAACAUUAAGUCAGAGAUAUAUGUCUCUUAUUUGCGUCUCAUUUCUGGGGUCUCUUCUCUGUGUCUCUUCUCUAUGUCUCGUUUCCUUGUCAAGUCAAACGUACAGAUCUAAAUGCGAGCAAGGUUGGGUCAAAUUCACCACACCAUUAUUUUGUCACAAGACCAUCCUGAAGGAUGGAUGUUGUAGAUUUCGUUGUAUCAACUCGGCUCCACCAAUUAUAGCGAACCCGGAUAUCCGGGACAUCCCAUCAUAUUUCGAUUUCUGCAAUUCUGCACCUGACAGCUCUAUCAUGUCCCGGUUCAGAUGCAGUAAACCUGGACCCGUCGUCCUAAUCAGUCGGCUGCUUUCUGUCUCGCUGCCCUCCUGACCUACUGUCUAAGGUUUCCCCGGCCAAUGCAGCAG